AUGGCCAUGGCCAAUUCAGCUUCUUUCUUCACCUUCUACCUGAACCCGAGAACACCAGCCGAAUCCAUAUCCGAGUCAAUGAACACCAUAUCAUCAUCAUAUACCAACACCACCACCACCAACGCAACAGGAGGACUAUCAUCACCAUCACCAUCAUCAAUAUCACUUUUACCACUAUUAUCACCACACCAUCUAACAUUAACCAACCUCCUAAACCUCCUUCUCCUCAUCCUCAUCCUACUCAACAUCAAAGUCUUUCCAUUCAUCUACCACCUCCGCAUCCUCAACGCCGUCCGCUUCGUCCUCAAAUCCCAGCGGCCCUUGCACGACGUGACACCAGCUCACCUCUUCCAACCAAUAAUCACAUCCUCCAAAGCAUGUCUAAUGGAAAUCGAUGUCUUCGGGCACAAGAACAACAGCACUUACUUCACCGAUAUCGACAUUGCGCGCGCCCACCUGGUCACCACACUUUUUGGCAAAGGCAUCGCCAAGAUCCGCGGCGGAACCACGAUGAACGGCCUGUCCUCAAAACGAAGCAAUUUCACCGUCGCCCUCGGCGGUGUCAGCUGUACAUUUCGCAAGGAGUUGUUGCCUUAUGAAACAUAUGAUUUGUGGACGAAGGUUUUGACCUGGGAUGAGAAAUGGGUGUAUCUGGUCACGCAUUUUGUGAAGCGAAGAAACGGUCACAGUGUCGAUCCGAAAAUGUCGUCGUUGUAUCCUCGGCAAAAUGGGACUUGCAACAGCAAUAACAUGUCUACGACGAAAGAAGACGAGUGUGCCGCUGGUCGGGAAGACAGACGCGAUUCGGCUUCUUCUACCUCUACAGGCAGUACUGGCACCGGUACUGCUGGUUCUGAUACUGAUCCCUCAAUCGCCGCGUCGGCAUUGAGCAAAAUCGUCUUCAAAAAUGGCCGUGUCACGAUUCGACCGCAGGAAAUGCUCGAGGCGUCGGGGUUGGUACCUGCCGUUACUCCCACGCAAGAUCCUACACAGGAGGCCAAGGCCAACGCCACGACCAAAGCUGCCAGCACUGAUGAACCGGAGGACGAGACUGAUGUUGACGACAAUGUGAAGCUUGCUCGCGCCAUCGAAGCCCAGCGACAACGCGGUUUGAGGUUAGCCGCUCUCUUGGCCGACCAAAGAGCCUUGCACGACGAAUUCAACAGCGACGUGGUUGCUCUGGGGAGACACUACGAUGGAAUCGGCUUGGAAGGGGUCGUGGCCACUCUGGCGCAAUUGGGUAAACUGAGUUCGUACCAGCUUAUUUAA